UUGAGUUGUAAAAUAUGAGAAAUUCUCAGUCACACUAGAGUGAGAAGCGUAAUCGCUGCUAAAAGCUCUAACUUUUCAUAUUUAAAGCCACUCCAUUCAUGCGAAGAUCGCAGAGACCAAACAGAAUUCAACACGUACACUUUGAAUAAAUAAAUUUUAAGCAAUGGCACCCAAACCAGAGGAGUACAACGAAGAUGAAUUGGAAGCUCCAAAAUGGCUAGACGGCGAAUUCUUCACAAAAGUGUUGCAGAACUCCGAGCGAAAUGCGUCUAAGGUGGAGGUGAAGAGCUACAAAAUAAGCCCGGCCACUGUUAAGGGCGAUCACUAUGCGAGUGUGAUGUUUCGUGCAGCCGUGGACUACCAGAUAAAUGGUGUUGAUAAAACCAAAUCGAUGAUCAUCAAGACGAUGCCAGAGGUGGAGGGGACGAAGAAGGAAAUGUUGGAGAAGUAUGGCAUAUUCGAGGUGGAGAUCGGAAUGUACACGCAAGUGCUGCCGCGUUUCGAAAAGUAUUUGCGAGCGGUAGGCGACGAUACCAAGCUAAUGGCGCCCGUACUCUAUCAUUCGCUGUCUCCACACAAGCUCAUCGUUUUCGAAGAUCUGGUGCCUCUGGGGUACAAUGUGCUGCGUGGUCGUUUCGCCACUGCGGAAGAAGCGAAAGCCACUUACACAAAACUGGCCAAAUGGCACGCGAUUAGCCACAAAAUAAUGCGCGAGGAACCGCACUACUUCGAUGAAUAUCGGCACAGUUUCCUCUCGCAAGAUAACGUUAAAGAAAAUCCUUUCUUUGGCAAAGGUAUAGUAUUUUUCUUGGAGAUGCUGCGCAAAAUGCCUGAGUUACAAGAAUAUUUGCCUCAUUUUGAGAAACUUUUUGCAAAAGUAGAUUUGAUCGACGAGGCCAUUGCCUCUUAUACGGAAUAUCGCGUAGCGCCGCGAGAUGAUGCCUUGUAUGUGCUCAACCAUGGCGACUUUCACCUCAAGAAUAUGAUGUUCAAACAUAACUCAGAUACUGGCAAACUGGAAGAUCUGAUGCUUGUGGACUUUCAGUUCUCGCAUGUUGGCCCGAUCACUAGUGACUUGAUAUAUUCGAUAUUUAUGCUGUUGGACAGCAAGCUGCGCCCGAAUACAGCGGAAUUUCUAUACCAUUACUUCAGCGUAUUCAGAGACACUCUGGAAAGGCUUGGAUUUGAAGGUCCGCUGCCAACCUUAGCUAAAUUCCGAGAACAAUUAUUUCAACAUAAAUUUCUGGAACUAUUUUUUAUGGCAUCCUUCCUGCCGAUGUGGCCAGGAUUUAGUCGCGGAGAAAUCUCAAUUGAUGCGUUCGUUAAAGAUGAAGAAUAUCGGCGUAAGAUAUACGAAGAUAAAGAAUAUAUUGAAGAAUUAUUGGUUGUGAUUCCCAAAUACUUACAUCUGGGAUACUUGGAACCAUAAGCGAUAAAUACAUAUGUACAUUAGACUGCAUCACUCCCCAUACAAAAAAUAAUCGGUACUAUUUUUCCAUUGGAAUUAU